AUGGAAAGAAAAAUGCAGAUUAACUUAAAAAACGAAUUUAAUCAUUAUACUCCUAAAUACAAAAGUUUAAAUCCAUUUAAUGAAAUUGACUCAAAAAAGCUUCUUGAAGAAAAACACAUACAAAAUAUAGAUGAUUCAAAACCAUUAGAUGACGAACCACCAACUAACACUGUUACAGUAGAAUCGGAUAAACAAAUUCCAGAAUUGGAAGAAACUGAUUUAAUCGAAUCAGAUCCUUUAAGCAAUAUGCCAAUACUAUCGGAAAAAGAGGCUGUACGAAGGGUACGGGAUAAAUAUGUUAAGCUACAAUUGUUGUAUGCACAAGAAUUCAAGUAUAUAUAUAAUUUAUUGUUAAAUUGUUCUUGUAAGUUUUAAUUAAAUACAUUGUAUUUAUUUAUUUAAUUUGUUUUAUAGAUAUCUAUUAUUCAAGUAUCAGAAAAAGCGUAGAGAAUUCUUGAUAAAUAAGAAGUGUGAUUCUGGGCCAUCUGAAAAUGGACUACUAAAUAACUCAAGAUGGGCCACUGAAGAAGAAUACCAAAAAUUUCAAAAGCUUAAGCAGUUAGAACAAUAUCAAAAAUUGCCAACAGGGCAAGAGGCAGUCGUUUUUAAAACAGCAAUGGAUAGAAAAUUCAGAGCAACUAAAUUAUCAGGUAAUAAGGAAAAACAACGUCCACUUUGUUCAUCUGUAGAAAUGGGUAUAAAAUGUACAGAAGAAUUGAUACCUUAUAGUAAUUUUUGCAAAAAACAUAUACUUAAGGACCCUAACCAAGUUUUGUUUAGAGCUUGUGGUAUACUUCAAAAUUAUAAUAUAUGUCAGGAGCCUAUAGUCAAUUCUGAUAUUGAAUCUACAUGUGUUUUACAUAAAAAUUUGCCAAAUCACUGUCAUUAA